AUAAUAUUAAUCUUAUAUAUCAUGUGCUUGUAUUAGGGAAGAAAUGAUUUCCAUGAAAGCUUGUGUAUGUGAGUGUAGCCCGAAUAAGACUGAGGUGAACUCUCCAGCUGUCACCAGGCUCAUAUUUGUGUGCAUGUGACUGGUGCUGCCCCGUCUGGAGUUCCCCCACCGGUUUACAUGCCGUCUCGCUGUAGUUCCACGUACGUCUAAAGCUCGAGGGCGGACCGGGAGCCGUGACUCGAGCUGACCUUAAAUCUGCGGGGUCGCGCGCAGGCAGGACACUCGUUACCGGUUCUGUGCGGGAUCAUGCGCUCGAUAUGGGGUUUGUUUGCGGUGGUGGCCGCGGCCACGUUCUACCUCUAUGUGCUAUCGGCUUUUCUGCCACCCGGACCGCCUCGCGCGCAACAUCACGACCCCGCAGCCGGACCGGGAGCGCGUGAGGAGGACAGCGGUGCACAUGAAGAGGAGCUCCGGUUGCAUUUCCCAUCAGACCUGGAGGAGCUGCGAGAUCUGGCCGAGCUGCUCAAGUUUUAUAAGCGGCAACACACAGGUUAUGUGUUCGUGCUGUUCUGCAGUGCCUACCUCUACAAGCAGUCCUUUGCCAUACCUGGCUCCUCCUUCCUGAACAUGCUGGCGGGGGCGCUGUUUGGUCCGUGGUACGGCCUCCUCAUUGCCUGCACUCUCACCACAGUGGGCUCCCUUAACUGCUACCUGCUGUCCCGCACAUUCGGUAAAUGGCACGUCAUCCGCUUCUUCCCUGAGAAAGUGGCCAUGUUACAACAGAAGGUGGAAGAAAACAGGAGUAGUCUAUUCUUCUUCCUGCUUUUCCUGCGCUUCUUUCCCAUGACACCCAACUGGUUCUUGAAUGUAACCUCUCCCAUCCUCAACAUCCCCAUCCCCAUGUUCUUCUUCUCUGUCCUUAUUGGUCUGAUCCCCUACAACUUCAUCUGCGUGAGGACGGGAGCCAUCUUGUCGGAGAUCACGUCACUGGACGACAUCUUCUCCUGGGGAACUUUGCUGCAGCUUCUGCUUAUAGCAUGUGUGGCCCUGCUGCCCGGUGCCAUCAUCCGCCGCUACAGUCAGUCGCACCUCAAACUGGACAGCAUGAAGCCCAACGGCCAGAGCAAACAGCUCAAAGAGAUCAACCAUCUCAAAACCAGAUGACCUGCAGUAGAUCAGGGAUCUGCAGGAGCACAGCACUAAACUCAAGGCUAAUCCUACAGAAAAAGACACAUACCUGGCAACCCUGGUUUAAAUGAUAUAUACACCGAUCAGCCAUAACAUCCAUCCAUCCAUCCAUCCAUCUUCAACCGCUUACUCCUUUUCUGGGUCGUGGGGAACCUGGAGCCUAUCCCAGGGAGCAUCGGGCACAAGGCGGGGUACACCCUGGACAGGGUGCCAGUCCAUCGCAGGGCACACAAUCACACACACAUUCACACACCCAUUCAUACACUACGGACACUUUAGACACGCCAAUCAGCCUACCAUGCAUGUCUUUGGACUGGGGGAGGAAACCGGAGUACCCAGAGGAAACCCCCGCAGCACGGGGAGAACAUGGCCAUAACGUUAAAACCAAUAUUUUUGUGGACCUAAUAUUGUGUAGGUUUUCCUUGUGCUGCCAAAGCAGCUCUGACCCAUCUAGGCAUGGACUCCACAAGACCAAGGUGUGCUGUACGAUCUGCCACCAAGACAUUUGCAGCAGAUCCUGUAAGUUGUGAGGUAGGGCCUCCAUGGAUUGGAUUUGUUUGUCCAGCACAUCUUAGAGAUGCUCGAUUGGUUUGAGAUCUGGGGAAUUUGGAGGCCAAGUCAACACCUUGAACCCUAUGUGAUGUUCCUCAAACCGUUCCUGAAGAGUUUUUGCAGUGUGGCAGGAGCAUUAUCCUGCUGAAAGAGGCCACUGACGCUAAGGAAUACCAGUGCCAGGAAGGGGUGUACUCAGUCUGCAACAGUGUUUAGGUAGGAGGUGCGUGUCAAAGUAACAUCCACAUGUAUGCCAGGACCCACGGUUUCCCAGAAGAACAUUUCCAGCCCAGAGCAUCACACUGCCUCCACCAGUUUGCCUUCAUCCCAUAGUGCAUCCUUAAAGUGGUGAUAGAGAGUGACAAAGACAGGAAC